GUUACAGGCAUAUAUAAUUAACUUGCUGCAAUAUUUAGUUUCAUUCUUCUGCUCCUGCUUUCAGAUUACCCUGUGGAUUAUUUCAGUUACUGGAAAUGCACACAGAACCGGCAAUGGCGACAAGUGAGAUUGGCAACAUCUUCAGCACUUACUUCUCUACCAUGUACUCCGUGUCUCCAGUGCAACCUGUGCCAGACAGUUUAAUGCCAACCCAGGAUGGGGACAAGUUCCUGACAUUUGUAACACAAGACCUCACCAGUGAACUAACAGCUCAGCCUUCUGGGUGGUCCUCUGAUGUGCCCGACAUGUGGUCCCAGCAGCAAGUCAUGGACUGGAUCAGUUACAAUGUGGAGAAAAACAAAUGGGAUGCCAGCACCAUUAAUACAAGUCAGUGUGAAAUGGAUGGACAGCAUCUGUGUCAGCUGAACAAAGAAGACAUGACCAGAAUAUUUGGGGGACUUGGAGACAAAUUAUAUGAUCACCUUUGCCAUCUUAGAGAAUGGACAUUCUCUUGUGACUCUUCUCCUGGCGAGUAUAUGCUCAAGUUUCAUCUUACAAAAGAUCCUUCUGACUGGGAUUUGAUAUGCGAUUUUAUCAAAAGUGAAGAUAAUCAGCUUGGGAUCAAGAAGGAAAUAGAAUAUGAUGACUUUUCUAUAAAGAUGGCAGACUAUGGCUAUUACCCUGAUCCAAUUUCUCCAGCAAGCUCUGGAUCCUGUGGCUCUGGUAUGGAAGCAUACAGCCCCCAAACUAGAGACUCUCUGGGAAGUGACCUUGAAGUGGAAGUCAAACAUUCCAGAGAUGACUUUUUAAGUUGUAACAAGAAUGAUGGAGCCCUAAAUAAGCGUAGGAGGGGCAGACCACGAAAACUCAACUUGGAUAGUCGGGAUAUCCUGGAAACGAAGAAAAGUAAGAACUCUGCACGUGGUAGUCACCUUUGGGAGUUUAUUCGGGACAUCCUUCUGCAUCCAGAUUUGAAUCAAGGGCUCUUAAAAUGGGAGGACCGGUCAGAAGGGGUGUUCAAGUUCCUGCGAUCAGAGGCAGUAGCCCAGCUGUGGGGACAGAAGAAGAAAAAUUCAAGUAUGACCUACGAGAAGCUUAGUCGUGCUAUGAGGUACUACUAUAAGCGAGAAAUCCUGGAGCGUGUUGAUGGCAGACGAUUAGUAUAUAAAUUCGGGAAGAACGCCAGUGGAUGGCGUUUGGGGGAUAACGGGAUCAGUGGGAGCUAAAUCAAUGGACCCACAGAUUAUGUGGAUAGUUCCCAACGCAGACUGCUCAGUGUCCUGCGAUCAGGAACCUCCUGAGUAAAUGUAUUUGUCAGACUCCAACCUUUUUUGAAGGACAUUCACGUAGCACCAUUUUUGCGGUGCCUGUAUCUUAAGCUGAUAUUUUAGCUUCAGUAGGUUGUUGUAAACCAGAUUUUAUUCAUGUUUUUAAAGUGCUUUUUUAUUUUGUUCAUAUUGAGUUUCUUGAAAUGUAAUUUUAAGACUGUAACUACAAAAAUCCCAGUUAUUCAUUCAAUAUAUGAGAGUGCAGGUUAUUAGUGUUUUGUACCUGGUGUUAGCAGGGCAUUUUUACUACAAUACACUUACAAUACUUUAUACGAUAUACUUUUUAAAAUAAAACAUUCUGUUACUAGAAUGUCAAGCUCCAAAUAGAGGAUAACAGAAAAUACACAACAUUCAUGUUUCUAACAAAGAUAUACAGGGCCAGAUUCAAUUGCAUGAGAAAACAUUAUUGUAUGGUUUAUCACAUCUAAAGUUUUUCAGUGAAAUUCGGUUUGAGGAGAACUUUCCUCCUAAUGCAGUUCCCAUUUUCCCCCUUAAACUUUAGUAGAGUUUUUAUGUAAUAAACAGCAGGAUAUGUUUUUUUCUCACUGAAUUGCUUCUGUUACAUGAUCAAAUCUAAAAUUGAAUUAGGAGAAGUCUUUCUCUUCUAAUUGAAUCUGACCCUUUAAGUAAUAAAGCCUUUCUUUUUUUCUCUCAUUAAUGCAGAUAUCUACCUCCUGCCCUCUAAAUAGAACAUAUAACAAUAAACUGUAAAUUCAGCUGAAGGAGGAGUCACAGUCUUGUGCAAAUUGUAAAUAUUUUACAAACAAAGAAAUAAAAACCUCUUUAUAUCUAAUAAUUCCUACCUUUCAACAAAUUAGCUUGCAGUUAUAAAUUAGAUAUGUUACUGUGAAUUUAUCUUUUAUGUAAAUAAUACAUAGAUGUACAUAUAAUGUAGAUAUAUAUGUCUAUAUGGAUCAUAUAGUAUCUUUAUAGUUACUUUUCAAAAGCACUUAUAAAAGGCUAUUUCAAAAUCUCAAAGCAUUCUCUUCCCUUGUUUUUUUACACAUAAAUUUUUUUUCAGCUGGACUGUCAAAAUGUACACGUUAUUUUUUCUGUAUAUGUAUGUAUAUAUAUUGAUAAUUUUUAUAACUUUGUGAGCUGAAAUAGAUUUUGUGAGAAUUUUAAUGUUUGUGAAAAUAAACUACUUAUUGGAACACAAA